CCUGAGGUAUAAAGGUAUCUUGUUUCUGUGGUUGCAUCCUAUAGAUACAUCACACCCUUGUAACACCUGACAGCGAAGCAGCAGCCUUUUCACCACAGGACUCAGCUGAAGGACUUAGUUUGUUGGACACUCUGUGGACUCACUGUUUAAAUUUUGUUCGGUCACCACACAAAGAGUCAACAUGUCGAUGGGUAUGGAGAUCGUGGGCAUCGCCCUUGGAGUCAUUGGAUUUCUUAUUGCAAUAGUAGCCUGUGCCCUACCAAUGUGGAGGGUGAGUGCAUUCAUUGGAGCCAACAUUGUCACUGCUCAAAUCAUCCAAGAGGGUUUGUGGAUGGACUGCGUCACCCAGAGCACAGGCCAGAUGCAGUGCAAGGUCUACGACUCAAUGCUGGCCUUGCCUCAGGAACUGCAGGCCUCCAGAGCAAUGAUGAUCAUUUCCAUUAUACUCGGGGUGCUGGGUGUCAUGAUUUCCAUAGUCGGUGCCAAGUGUACCAACUGCAUUGAAGACGAGGCAGGCAAAGCCAAAGUGAUGAUCAUCGCUGGAAUCUUCUUCAUCCUCGGUGGCAUUUUGGUCCUCAUACCUGUUUCCUGGACUGCAAGUGUCAUCGUCAGAGAUUUCUACAACCCUGUUGUGCCCAGUGCUCAGAGGAGGGAGAUAGGAGCAUCGCUCUACAUAGGCUGGGCGGCAGCCGCCCUGUUCCUGAUCGGAGGGGCGAUGUUAUGCAGUAGCUGCCCACCAAAAGAGAAGAAAUACCUGCCGCCCCGGAUGGGGUACAGCGCCCCACGCAGCGUCGGUGCAGGUACAGCAUACGACAAGAAGGACUAUGUUUGAAUGAUGCUGACGGAUGAAAUGAAAAAGCUUUUUUGUGUGUGAGUUUUUGUGUGCAUGUGUGUUUCUUGUUACUGUCGCAGGGUGAACCCGACUGAAAGACUCCGAGAUGAAGAUGCGUGCACAAAUACUGAUCUUUUGCUUUGCUUUCGGCUGUUGUGUACCUUCACAGACUUUGGCUUGUAAAAAAUUCAGAAGGUGAAUAUGAGUUUAGUAAAUAUAAUUAUAAGCAAAACAUAACUUUGUUUUUUUUUAAAUGUUAAACUUCAUGCUGCUGAGAAUAUUUCUAUUAAGCACAUCUUUAAUACCUCUUCUUUGGCAUUGCAUGAGUUUGAACCCCCCCCGGUGUGUUGCUCUGUUAUUAGCUGUUGGCUGGCUCCGUGGUGUCCUGUUUCACUGAAACUCGCUGUUAAAAUUCCAUGUGUCAUUUCCCUGACAAUGACCAGGAGGAGCUCUCAUUUUACAUGGAUGUGGUUGUAUGAUUGUUCAGUGUGUGUGCGCGCGAGCGUGUGUGUGUGUGUUUGUGUGUGUGUGUGUUUUGCAUGUAAUAUUUGCUUAUGUGAGUUUCUGUUGAGACUGAAACUAAAGAUGGAUCGGUGAUAUUGCCCCAGGAAAACUUUGUCUUCCUCCUCACAAAUUUUUGUAAAUGAAUGUAUUUAAAUGUAUGUUCAAAUAUUCAAAUAUACAGAAAAAUAUUGUGGGGUUUUUUUUUCUUGUUUUCUGAAGUUGAUGUUAUAUUUUUGGUUUUCUGAAGCUUUUUUUUUUUUUUAACAUUUUUUUUAAAUAGAUUUUAAGUCAUAUUUGGUCCCCUGAUUGUCACACUCAGGACCUGCUGUGUGUGUGUGUUUGUGUGUGUGUGACACCCCAGUGGUGCACAACUACAGAUAUUGUUUGGUGUCCAGACAUUUUGUGUUUUUGUUUUGUUUUAUUCUCUUUUUUUUUCAAAUCUAUCUACAUCUUUUAAAAAUAACUAUCAUUUCUAAAGUAAAACACUGUUCAAAUCUAUGUAUGGGCUUCAUUUGCUGUUUUAUAAUAGUCCUGGAAAUUCAAAUGUGUUGAAAAUGUGAAUAAAAAU